CCUAAAUUCAGUCGUCUUACCGAUUAUACCGCGAGCGGUUACUUGAGCUUUGGUAAAAGGAAAAAAGAGGAAGUGGAAUUCGAAGCUUCGUGUAACGGGUGGGGCCCCAGAAAUAAGUCGCUAUGUCAGUUGUUCUGACGUUGAUAACGGCCGUAGUUGCCAUAAUUUCAGUUAAACUGUUUGUACGUUAUCGCAAGUUCCGCAAAUUCGUUAAAACGAUCGACAAGAUUCCUGGACCUAAGAGUUACCCUUUUUUUGGAAACACCCUGGGCGUUCUACGCGUGCACAGAGAUGGUCGCUGGCAGUGGUUCCGUGAUCUGUGCACUCGAUACGGUGAAAAAGGAAUCUUUCGGACCUGGCUUGGCAAUAGACCGAACAUCCACCUGACCUCGGCUGAAGCUAUCAGCGUAAUUAUGCCGAAUAAAAAUCUGAUUACCAAAUCUGCCAUCUACGAUUACGUUCAUCCGUGGCUCGGAUCAGGUUUGCUGACUUCGACAGGCGAAAAGUGGCAUCGGCAAAGAAAACUGAUCACUCCAACUUUCCAUUUCAACAUAUUGGAACAUUUUGGAGUUGUAAUGUCUGAAAAGGCCGAGAUAUUGAAGGAAUGCAUAAAAUCAGAGUACGAGAAGGAUCCAAAAAAGCCCAUCGAUAUGUUUGUUUGGCUGACGAGAUGUGCAUUGGACAUAAUCUGUGAAUCUGCUAUGGGGAUCAAUAUCAAUGCUCAGACGGAUGUGGAUUCGGAAUAUUCUGUGGCUUUGCACAGUAUCACCGUCCAGGCAGUGGAGCGGAUGUUCAGACCGUGGCUAGCCUGGGAUAGAUUGUAUUAUCUCAGUCAUCACGGCAGAAGAUUCAAACGUAACGUGGAAAUAGCGCAUAAAUUCACGAAUCAGGUGAUUAGGGAAAGAAAAUCGGCUCGCGCACUGCAGACGCAAAAUUCUGACGAAUGUUACGACGAAGACAAACCAAAGCGACGCGCGUUUCUCGAUCAUUUAUUGGACGCCUGCGAACGCGACAACACACCGCUGACUGACGACGAGUUGAGAGAAGAAGUGGACACGUUUUUGUUCGCGGGCCACGACACAACAGCGGCAGCGAUGAGCUGGGCACUUUUUAGCCUCGGGAAUCAUCCGGAUAUCCAGGAUAAAAUACACCAGGAACAGUUGGAGGUAUUCGGGGAUUCGACGGAACCUGCGACACUCCACCAAAUAUCCGAACUCAAGUAUCUCGAAAGGGUUAUCAAGGAAACGCUCCGACUAUUUCCCAGCGCACCUAGCGUAGGUCGAUUCGUGACGGAAGAAAUAGAAAUAGCUGGAUACAAGAUACCGGAGCAGGCUAGUGUCAGUGUUCAAAUACACCGAGUUCAUCACGAUCCAAAGUAUUGGAAAAAUCCAGAUAAAUUCGAUCCGGAUCGAUUUCUACCAGAGAAUAGUCAGGGACGUCAUCCGUACGCGUACGUGCCUUUCAGCGCUGGACCAAGAAACUGCAUCGGGCAAAAAUUCGCGCUUUUAGAACAGAAGAUUGUUCUAACUGCAAUAUUGAGGUCGUGGCGAGUCAAGAGUCACUUGAAGUUCGAAGAUGCAAAAAUGUACAGUGAAUUUAUACUCAGACCCCAGGAUGGGAUCAAAAUAUAUUUUAGUCCGAAAGAUGUAUUCAUCAUGUCGAUUAUUUUAGCCCUGAUAACGACAGUGCUCGCCGUAAUAAUUAUAAAAUUACUUCAGAGAUACAUCGAGUUUCGCAGAUUCGUUAAAAUAAUCGAUAAAAUUCCUGGACCGAAAGGAUAUCCAGUCGUCGGAAAUAUGCUCGACAUUCUUCACGUCAGUCGAGAAGGACGCUGGAAAUGGUUUUGUAAUCUGAGCAGCCAGUAUACCGACGCAGGAAUAUUUCGCACCUGGUUGGGCCCUGUAGCGCACAUAAAUCUUAUAUCGCCCGAGACUGCCGCGGUUGUCAUGUCCAGUAAGACUCUGAUAACCAAGUCCAUGGUUUAUGAUUUUCUUUAUUUAUGGCUUAGAACAGGUCUGUUAACCGGAACAGGGGACAAAUGGUAUCGGCACAGAAAAUUGAUCACCCCAACUUUCCAUUUCAAUAUAUUAGAACAGUUCGAAGUGGUGAUGACUGAGAAGGCAGAAAUAUUGAAGCGAUGCAUCGAGUCGGAGCUUAAAAAUGAUCCAAAAAAAUCCAUCGACGUAUUCGCUUUCAUGACAAGAUGCGCAUUGGAUAUAAUUUGUGAAUCUGCUAUGGGGAUCAAUAUUAAUGCCCAGAUGACGAGUCAAAAAACAGAAUAUUCUGAGGCCUUGCAUAAUAUCACCAUCCAAGCAAUGGAUCGGAUACUCAGACCGUGGUUGUAUAUCGAUCGUCUGUAUUACAUGACUUCCCAUGGAAAAACAUUUAAACGUACCGUCGACACGAUACACAAAUUUGCGGAUCAGGUGAUCAAAGAAAAAAGAUUAGCUCGUGAACGACAAAAGCAGAAUCCAGACGAAGAAAUCAGUGAGGAUAAACCAAAGCGACGAGCGUUUCUCGAUCAUUUAUUGGACGCUUGCGAACGGGACAAUACACCGCUGACUGACGAUGAGUUGAAAGAAGAAGUGAACACGUUCAUGUUUGCGGGUCACGAUACAACAGCGGCAGCGAUGAGUUGGGCUCUAUUCUCUAUCGGAAAUCAUCCAGAAGUUCAGGAAAAAAUACACCAGGAACAGUUGGAGGUAUUCGGGGAUUCGACGGAACCUGCGACACCCCGUCAAAUAUCCGAACUCAAGUAUCUGGAGCGAGUCAUUAAGGAAACACUCAGAAUGUUUCCCAGUGCACCUGGCGUCAGCCGAACUGGAACGGAAGAUUUGGAAAUUGGGGAGUAUAAAAUUCCAAAAGGUGCGGUGAUCGCUGUUCAAAUACAUCGGAUUCAUCAUGAUCCCAGGCAUUGGCCCGAUCCCGAACGAUUCGAUCCGGACCGUUUUUUGCCGGAAAAUAGUCAAGGGCGUCAUCCGUACGCGUACGUGCCUUUCAGUGCUGGACUAAGAAACUGCAUCGGACAAAAGUACGCUAUGUUAGAACAGAAGAUUGUCUUAACUGCAGUAUUGAGGUCGUGGCGAGUCAAAAGUCACGCGAAAUUUGAGGAAGCAGCAAUUCAUUCUGACAUUAUUCUCAGGCCGCAAAAUGGGGUCCAUAUAUAUUUCACCCCAAAAUAGGGCUUUAUACUAACUAAUAACAAAAAUCAAAGAAUUUUCAGAAUCAAUAAAUGGAAAUUGUAAUAUCUGAA